GCUAAAUAGUUGUUUGUCAUUGCUGGAUGUAUUGUGUUGGUGUUAAUUAUUUCAAAAAAUGUUGGAAAGCACCUAUUAUCCUGACUAUUCGACCGCUCCAAUUCAACAUCAGUUCAACCCAUAUUCCGACAAUGGAGGGAGUGUGGUUGCUAUUGCCGGCGAUGACUUUGUCAUAAUUGGGGCAGAUACUCGUCUUAGUGCUGGAUUUUCCAUCUAUACUCGAGAGCAGAAUAAACUUUUCCAAUUGUCUAACACUACAGUUUUGGGAUGUUCAGGAUGUUGGUGUGAUACACUCACUCUCACCAGAAUUUUAAAAUCUCGCAUGCAGAUGUAUCAACAAGAGCAUAACAAAACGAUGUCUACCGUUGCUUGCGCCCAAAUGCUUUCUACUAUGCUUUACUAUAAGAGAUUUUUCCCAUACUAUAUAUCCAAUGUUUUGGUCGGGCUGGAUAACGAAGGAAAAGGAUGUGUUUAUAGCUAUGAUCCUGUUGGACACUGUGAGAAAACUACAUAUAGGGCUGGUGGAUCUGCUGGCGCGCUGUUACAACCCCUUUUGGAUAAUCAAAUUGGACAAAAAAAUAUGGAAAAUGUCAAGCCCACAGCGGUAACCCAGGAAAGGGCUCUAAAUGUUAUAAAGGAUGUUUUUAUAUCAGCAGCUGAACGAGACAUUUAUACUGGCGAUAGUAUUUUAAUUAAUAUUAUUACAAAAGAAGGUAUUAAAGAAGAGAGGUUUGAAUUGAGAAAGGAUUAAAUUUUUAUCAAAACAGGGAUUUGUAAAAAUUAUCUGAAAUAAAAAUUUUUUUGGG